GUGACGGGGGCAAGAGAUGUAUACGCUGAGACUUGGAGGGAGGUUUGAAUGAAGUUCUUCAGCAUCAGGGUCGACAGGGUCAUCACGACUAUGGGCCCUCGAUAGAUCGCUACCAAAGAAGCAAUGCACACCUGUCAAAAUAUCUUCGGAGGUCGCUCAACUUGUAUUGUACUCAUGCAGGUACAUGCACCACUCAUACGAAGCGCCGACACAGCUAGCCACCAACACCGUCACCAUGAACCAAACACCCUACACAAGGCUCUCUUCUUCCGACACCCUAUUACCUCAGCCUCAACUAUGCACUCUAAAACGCCGCGGCGCAACCAAAGCAUCCCUGCCACGCCAUCAGAUCCGACAACUACACUCGAAGCAAGACGAUGCGUCGAGCGCAGACCGACCGACGCCGUCUCCGCGACAGGUUAGAGGUAGAUCACCUAUACCGUAUGCACAUCCAGUACAACCCCGCUUCUCGUCUUUACAACGCCCACCAGCCCAGCCACCCCUCGGCGAGGUCUACAAGAAGUCUAAGGUGCCGACACUGUGUAAGCGGAUUUACCUCUCGCUGAUCGACCGAUUUGCUCUGACGCCGGUCAAGAUAGCCCAGAAGAGGAUCUCCCUACCGAACGGUUCAGUUAGCCCAGUCCCUGCACCGGAUGUCACUGCACAGCUACACUGCUAUCUUCUCGAAAUACUCUCUUUCACAUUCGGUAUGGACUGUCAUGUGCUGAGCCAGGCUCUGGGGCAGCAGGUGUAUGCGCACGCGACGACGAUUUUGAGUAUCCAAGAAAGGCAUGAUUUGCUUCAGUUGUCGCUUAUGGUGCAAAGACUGCAUCAGAAAGUAAGGAAAGGCGAGCAGAAGAGCAUGCUGCUCACCGACAAAGAGCAUGUUCUACGAACGAUAAUAGAGCCGGUGUUGGAGAGCGGAUAUCAAGCAUUCGUCCUGGAUCUGAUAGCUUCUUACGCUGACCACCAGGGAGACCCAACGAAAUGGCGGGGUACACUGAUGGGGCACUGGAGUCGGCGACGUGGAACGAGGCGAAGUCUCUCAGCCCAGGUUGACUAUGUGUUCGAGACACAUCUCGAGCGUAAAAUCGAUCCGAUGGAGUGGCGGCCGUCCGACAUGGGGGACUGGAGUCAAAGGCGCAAAUUGGUACAGAGUCUUAUGAGCCAUGCUAGAUUGGUGUUUGCGAUCGCGCCGAAUGAGGAGGUGAAAUGUUUGUUUGCGCUGGCGAUUCAGAGGUAUCAAGAGGAAAGAGAGCUCAAGAUUUGGAGUCUCGAGAGCUUGGCACAAGGGAGUUUCGAGCCGGCGAUAAGAGACGGUUUCAAAAAGGUAGCGGAAGUUCUUCUGAAAAGUAAGAAGAAAAGGUAGAUUGAGCUGAUGACUCCUAUACCCACAAAGAAGUCAGUACGAAGGACUGGGAGUGGCGUUUCUAGUUGCAACAGAGGCUGUUGGAGAAUACAAGAGCCUGUUAAGUGAAAACAGUACGUCCUU